ACACACUCUCUCUCUCUCUCUCUCUCUCUCUCUCUCCUCAGCAUCACUUGACUAGUACUCCAGAUAACUAGUCAGAGCAUCAGCGUCGAGCAAACAGACACGAUGAGCGCGUGUUUUCAUCACUUUUAUAUGAUUUGUGCUUUAGGUUUGUCUGUCAGCAGCUUUUAUUCAGCUGUCGAAAGCUUUCCCCUGACAGACUGUGAUGACUAUGGAGUUUACAUUCAGGGCUCAGCUUUACUCAGUACAUUGUGUGAUCUGGAGUGGAGAGAUCAGAAGCAGGAACAGAUUCAGAAUGUUUUUAAGAGGUUUCUCUUUCACUACUCCAAAGCACAGAAUUCAGUCGGCUCAGUAGACAGAGAGUCUCAUUCGGUUCAUCCACUGAUGCGUCUCUCCCCAAAACUGUCUCUGCGUCGGAAGAAACAACAGCUGAAGAACGUUUGUGGAACGUCUGGAAGAUUCACUGAAGUUGUAAACUAAUCUGGGAACUUCUCUGUCUCCAAGCUGAUAAGAUAAAUAAGAUUGUGUGUUAAAGGUGCAUUAGUGUUUCAAUCAAACAGAUUUUAAUAAUAAAUUGUCUCCA